ACCUUUAUGCCCAUGCCAAAAUCCGACCCUAAAACUUGCAUAAAUCAGGGCAUUCUUGGAUUCGUAUAGUUCACUCAAAUAGACUUCAUGCUCAGUAAAAUUCCAACAUGAGCAAGCUACCCUCAUGCACUUCAAACUCAAUCUUUGCGCAUUCUCUUGCAACUUCUUGCAUCUGCUACGAUCAAAUAUACCACUUAAACACAGUUCUCUGUAUUUCUACUGCACAAAAAUCAUACCUGAAAACCCAAAACCUUACAUUCUCAAACAAUGCAUUGCACUUUUGCAAGCAUGUGCUUCCUCCAAUUACAAACUCAAACAAAUUCAUGCCUUUUCUAUCAAACAUGGUGUACCACUAAACAACCCAUUGCUUGGAAAACACCUCAUUUUUUUCUCUGUUUCUCUCUCUGAAUCCAUGUCUUAUGCCCAUAAAAUAUUUUCUCAAAUUGAAAACCCAAAUAUUUUUACUUGGAAUACUUUGAUUAGAGGGUAUGCUUUUAGUGAUUAUCCUAAACCUGCCAUUGAUUUGUACACCCAAAUGAGAUUUGAUCUUGUUGAGCCUGAUACACAUACUUUUCCAUUUUUGUUGAAGGCAAUUUCUAAGUUGUUGGAUGUUAAAUUGGGUAAAAAGGUGCAUUGUAUUGUAAUUAGAAAUGGGUAUGAAUCAUUGGUUUUUGUUCAAAAUGGGUUGGUGCAUUUGUAUGCUGUUUGUGAAUGUCCUGAGAGUGCAUAUAAGAUGUUUGAGAAAAUGCCUGUGAGAAAUAUUGUUACUUGGAAUUCUGUUAUUAAUGGGUUUGCUUUGAAUGGGAAGCCUGAUGAAGUUUUGAACUUUUUUAAGAAGAUGAGUUUUGUGGGUGUUGUGCCUGAUGGGUUUACAAUGGUGAGCUUGUUAAGUGCUUGUGCUGAGCUCGGGGCGUUGGCAUUGGGUCGGAGAGUACAUGUUUACAUGUUUAAGGUUGGUCUGAAUGUGAAUAUGCAUGAAGGGAAUGCUCUUCUUGAUUUGUAUGCAAAGUGUGGGAGAAUUAGUGAAGCGAAAAUCGUUUUUGAUGAGAUAAGAAACAAAAGUGUGGUGUCUUGGACCACUUUGAUUGUAGGGUUAGCUGUGAAUGGGCUUGGAAGUGAAGCAAUUGAUCUUUUUAAAGAGAUGGAAGUGAAAGAAUUGGCACCAACUGAUAUUACUUUAGUUGGACUCUUGUAUGCUUGUAGUCACUGUGGAAUGGUGGAUGAAGGGUUUGAUUAUUUCAAUCAAAUGACAGAACGUUAUGGAAUCACGCCGAGAAUUGAGCAUUAUGGCUGCAUCGUUGAUCUACUAGGAAGAGCAGGGAAGAUAAAACAAGCAUAUGAAUUCAUUAAAAGUAUGCCAUUGCAGCCAAAUGCUGUUAUAUGGAGGACAUUAUUAGGUGCAUGCUCGAUACAUGGACAUCUAGCUCUUGCACAAACUGCAAGGGCUAAACUUUUAGAGUUAGACCCAAAGCAUUGUGGUGAUUAUGUGCUUCUCUCAAACCUCUAUGCAUCCGAGCAUCGUUGGAUGGACGUUCAUCAAUUGAGGGACAAAAUGGUGAAGGAAGGAGUCAGGAAAACACCCGGUUUUAGCCUUGUUGAGUUGAGAAAUCGUGUUCAUGAGUUUGUUAUGGGAGAUCGAUCUCAUCCUCAGGACAAAGAAAUAUACGCAAUGCUAAGAGAGAUCACAAAGGUCCUUAGAUUGGAGGGCUAUGUCCCUAAUACAGUGAAUGUGCUAGCUGAUAUUGAGGAGGAAGAGAAGGAGAAUGCCUUGACAUAUCACAGUGAAAAAAUUGCUAUUGCCUUUAUGCUUAUUAAUACUUUGCCAGGAACACUUAUAACAGUGAUCAAGAACUUAAGGGUGUGUGCUGAUUGUCACCUUGCUAUUAAACUCAUAUCUAAGAUUUAUGAGCGUGAAAUUGUUGUCAGGGAUCGUAGUAGAUUCCACCAUUUCAAGCAUGGAUCUUGUUCUUGUAAAGAUUACUGGUGAUUAGUAGCAAAACAUGAAAUUUCCAAAACAAAAAUUUGGGAUUAUUGUCUUGAUAGUUGAUAGCUCUUCUUGUUUCAUUAUAUCAAAUUUUAUCUAUGUUACGAUAAAGACACAAGUAAUAAACUCCAUAAUUUAUACUCCUUCCGUUUCAUAAUACAAAUCUGAUUAUAUUCUUAUAUGAGAAUUAAGAUAAA